CUGGAGGACAGAAGCCUGACCUACUGGCAGUGGAGUAAAUUAAACGUGACCUUGGUUGUGCACGCUGCGUCGGCGCUGGAGCUCGCGGUCUCGCGCCGGUGUCGAGGGCGUGGUGCUGUAGUAGCCCUGACGUCAUUGCACAUCAGUUAUUAAUGAAAGGGGGCGCGCGACGGCGCACUCUUCUCCUCUAGUCAGAGCGGGGAAGGACCUCGGUGGCGCGCACCAAAGGUUCAUCAUUGGCAAAUUUGAGAGGGCGACGGAACGUGGUUGAAAAAAGAGAAGCAUGCACAUUCCACAUGUGCCGGUCUACAGUCGCGCACCACCGGCUCUCGCGACGUAAAAAGGAAUCACACCAUGGCACGGUCUAACCCAGGGUGCGAGGCUCUCUCGGGUGGUUUGACGGCUCUCCGGUAGCGCGCGCGCGCGGUGGCACGAACGCAUGAGAGCGCCAAGAUGACGGUGCCGCUGCUGAAGAUCGGUGUGGUGCUCAGUACGAUGGCCAUGAUCACCAACUGGAUGUCGCAGACGCUCCCGUCGCUCGUGGGCCUUAACGGCACGGCGCUGAGCGCGGCGCGGAGCUCAUACCCAGACCGAAGCAUAGGAGUUUUGCCUUCUAACCUGGAUGAAACGUGGCAGGUGUAUAGCUCAGCUCAGGACACUGAGGGAAGAUGUGUGUGCACCAUUGUGGCUCCCCAGCAUACCAUGUGCUCAAGAGAUGCUCGCACCAAGCAACUUCGACAGCUCCUGGAGAAGGUGCAGAACAUGACAAAGUCGAUCCAGGUGCUGGACCAGCGCACACAAAAGGAUUUACAGUACGUGGUCAGAAUGGAGGAUCAGCUCAGAGGCUUGGAAACAAGAUUCCGACAAGUGGAGGAAACUCACAAACAAAACCUCGCCAAGCAAUACAAGGCCAUGAAGGAGAAAAUGGCAGAACUGAGGCCACUGAUUCCUGUGUUGGAAGAGUACAAGGCAGAUGCGAAGCUUGUUCUGCAGUUCAAGCAAGAAGUGCAGAACGUGACUGCCAAUCUGGCAUUGCUUCAGCAGGAGAUGGGAGCUUAUGACUAUGAUGAACUGCACUUGCAUGUCACCAGCUUGGAGAAAAGACUACAUGCCUGUAUGCAGAAACUGGCAUGCGGAAAGCUGACCGGCAUCAGUGAUUCUGUCACUAUUAAAACAUCUGGGUCUCGCUUCGGAUCCUGGAUGACAGACCCACUGGCUCCAGAGGGAGAUAAUCGAGUAUAUUAUAUGGACGGGUACCACAACAAUCGAUUUGUGCGAGAGUAUCAUUCAAUGUCAGACUUUAUGAAGUCAGACAACUUCACAUCCCACCGCCUGCCACACCCUUGGUCUGGAACAGGCCAAGUGGUUUAUAAUGGCUCAAUUUAUUUCAGCAAGUUCCAGAGUCACGUUAUCAUCAAGUUUGACUUGAGGACCUCCACCAUCAGCAAGACCCAGAGGCUGGACAGCGCUGGGUACAACAAUAUGUACCACUAUGCAUGGGGUGGCCACUCUGACAUUGACCUAAUGGUGGAUGAACGUGGGCUUUGGGCCGUCUAUGCCACAAAUCAGAAUGCAGGCAACAUUGUCAUCAGCAAACUCAACCCUGUCACCCUACAGAUCAUUAAGUCAUGGACAACCAAUCAUCCUAAACGCAGUGCAGGUGAAUCCUUUAUGAUCUGUGGCACACUCUAUGUAACCAAUGGGUAUGCUGGAGGAACAAAGGUCUACUAUGCUUACCACACCAACUCCUCUUCCUAUGAGUACAUUGAUGUCCCAUUUCAGAAUAAAUACUCUCACAUCUCGAUGUUGGAUUACAACCCAAGGGAUCGUGCACUCUACGCCUGGAGCAAUGGGCACCAGGUGCUCUACAAUGUUACCCUCUUCCACUUGAUUCACUGAAUCAUAUAUGCUGGUCAAGCACAAGCUACGAAAAGACAACGGAUGAGAUACCUGGAUGGGGCACCACGCACUCACAUUUGCACACACAUUCACAAAGACAAUUUAACAUAGCCAAGUCCUGCACCCAGCAUGUUUCAGGAGGUGAAAGUAGAAAGAAGAACACAAUGUGGACAUCGAGCAAACACAUAAAACACUGUAUGGUCAGUAACUUUCAAAAUAUGUUGGAGAAUUGAGGUGCCACCUGCUUCACCACCUUGCCUCCUAUUUACAGUGAGGAAAAUAAGUAUUUGAACACCCUGCUAUUUUGCAAG